GGGGAGCACGGAGCCAUGCGCAGCCCCGGGCACGGCUCCAGGCCCAACAUGGCCCUGCGGCACGCGCUGCGGCUGGCGGGGGCCGUGGGGCGGCGCGGGUGCUGCAGCCAGCGCCUGCUGCCCCCCGGCCUGCUGCAGGCUCUGCGCUCCGUGGCUGGGGACCCCAACGUCUCGGUGGCAGAGGCGGUGCGGCAGCAGCACGGGCACGAUGAGUCCAUGCACAGGUGCGCACCCCCCGACGCCGUGGUGUGGCCUCGAGACGUGGAGCAGCUGCAGGAGAUGGUGGCCCUCUGCUACCAGCACCGUGUGCCCAUGGUGCCCUUUGGCACCGGCACUGGCCUGGAGGGCGGUGUCAACGCCGUGCAGGGCGGCGUCUGCUUCGACCUGAGCCGCAUGGUCGCCAUCUCGGAGCUGAGCGUUGAGGACUUCUCGGUGGCGGUGGAGCCCGGCGUCACCCGCAAGGCUCUCAAUGCCCAUCUGCGCGGCACUGGGCUCUGGUUCCCCGUCGACCCCGGGGCGGACGCCUCGCUGUGCGGCAUGGCGGCCACGGGCGCCUCGGGCACCAACGCCGUGCGCUACGGCACCAUGCGGCCCAAUGUGCUCAACCUGCGCGUGGUGCUGCCGGACGGCAGCCUGCUGCACACCGCCGGGCCCGGGCGCAGCGCCAGGUAUGGGGUGAUGGAAUGGGGCCACGGGUCGGGGUGCCCGGCACCCGCUCACCUCUCCCUGCACAGGAAGAGCGCGGCUGGCUACGACCUGACCUCCCUGUUUGUGGGAUCCGAGGGCACCCUGGGCUUCCUGACGCAGGCGACUCUGCGCCUGCACCCCCUGCCUGAGGCUGUGCUCUCCGCUGUCUGCACCUUCCCCAGCGUGCGGGAUGCUGUGGGCUGCACCGUGCAGGUGCUGCAGGCGGCCGUGCCUGUGGCACGCAUUGAGCUCCUGGACGAGGUGAUGGCGGGCGCCUGCAGCCGCUACAGUCGGCUGGAGCUUCCAGAGGUGGCCAUGCUCUUCCUGGAGCUGCACGGCUCCCAGCGCAGCCUGGCUGAGCAGCAGCAGCAGGCGGAGGAGCUGGUGCAGCUGCAUGGUGGCUCUGUCCUGUCCUGGGCGCAGGCGCCGGAGGAGCGUGAGCAGCUCUGGGCUGCACGGCACAGCGCCUGGUUUGCAGCCCUGGCCCUGCGGCCCGGCUGCCAGGGCUACUCCACCGACGUCUGCGUGCCCAUCUCCCGCCUGCCCGACGUCGUGCUGGAGACCCAGCGGGACCUGCGGGACUCCGGCCUCACCGGCCCCAUGGUGGGACACGUGGGCGAUGGGAAUUUCCACUGCAUCCUCGUCUUCCGUGCCGACGACCCGGAUGAGGCGCAGCGCGUGCACGACUUCACCGAGCGCUUGGGCAGGCGCGCGCUGGCUGCGGGCGGCACCUGCACCGGGGAGCACGGCGUGGGGCUGGGCAAGCGGGCGCUGCUGCGCGAGGAGCGGGGUGCCGUGGGGCUGGCGGCCAUGCGCCGCAUCAAGGACGCGCUGGACCCCCUCCAUCUGAUGAACCCCGGCAAGGUGCUGUGAGCGCCCCGACCCGCAGCAGGGCACAGCGCAUCCACCCGUCCUCCUGCUUUUUGGGGAUCUGGGGGGGGGGGGCUCUGGUACCCCCCUCGGAGGUCCUCCGCUUCACCAAGAACGCCAGUGAAAUAAAAUAACAGUGAAUAUUUUA